UGAAGAGUCACCCGAUCCGGACCAAUGUUCAGGCUGUUGUGUUCUCUUAAUACAAAUAGAAAGGCUGGAUAACAUCUCAUUGAUUCAGCUUCUGUUGACCAGAGCCGGAGGAAAGAUGCAUCUGAAAGAAGUUGUUCUCGGUGUCGUCUUGCUGAUGCAAGCGUGCGGCCCGCUUUCGGCCCAGACCCCGAUGUCCGGCGUGCCUGAGGCUGAACCGCCGACGGACCCCCCGGGGUUACUGCGGAGGCUGGCGCAGAAAACCAGGGAAGUCAACGCUAAAGUCCAGGACUUGGGGGCACCAGUGAUGGGCUUUAUCGGUGCUUACUACGAAGACCACAUCCAACCGGUGGCUGAGAGCUACGUCGAAUGGGCCUCUAACCUCAGGAGCUCCAUGCUGGAUAAGAUCCAGAUAACCAUUGGCAACUACUUGCCACUGUAGGCAAUAAUAAAACUGUUGUACCUCACAGAUGUAUGCAUGUUCUGACCAGAUGGCAUAUCUGCCGAUGCUGCAAAUAAAGUUUGAACCAAUCAUUGA